ACAGUUUCAGGUUAAGAACGGAUCUCCGGAAUGAAUUAAGUACGUAACCAGAGGUACCACUGCAUAUGUAAGUAAACUAUAAACAUGCAAUCUCCUGUUUUGUGUGCUUUCACAGUACGUGAACAUGCAUGCAUAGACCAGUUUUGGAUCCAGAAGAGAGCACAGCAGAUCAGGGUGGGCUUAUGUGCGCUCUGCCAACACACAUGAUGACCCAGAAAGUAGUCCCCAAGCAAAAUGGGGGUUGUUUACAUCAUAAAGACACCACUGUCUCUGCUGUGCCUCAUUUCACAGGACACAUGAGCCUGGGAUAAAUGCCUGUAACCCCUGGAAUCUUGCACAGCUGUGGAGAUUGGGGUGGUGUGUAACAAUAUGAUGGCAAUGAUCUGUCAAAUCUCUGUUAUAUUGUAAGAAGAGAGAUAUGUUUAAUACUUCUAAGCAGAAAGCUUCCAUUCCAGUUAAGAGGCAUAGAUUGUUUUCCACACAUUUGUCUCAUCCUUGUUAAAGCCCAUCAAUCCUAGUCAUUUAUCUCCGCUAAUGCAGAACCAUAGAAUAGUAGAGGUGGAAGAGACCCCAAGGAUCAUCUAGUCCCUCCAGUCCAGGAAUCAUGCUCAACAAUCUUACAGAUGCCCAUCUAACCUCUGCUUAAAAAGCCACAAGCAAUUAAUUAAUUGGGGGUUGAAUGGCUUUCUGCCCUAAGAUUUGUCAGGAGAGAUGGGUGUUUGUUCUUUCCUUUCCUCUCUCUUGCAUUUCAGCCGAAACAUGGAAUUUGGUUUGAGGAGAAGAAUUCAACAAUGGGAUGAUCUUGGCUGCCUUUUAAAAAUUUAUGAUUACUGCGUUGCAGGGGGUUGGACUAGAUGACCCUUGGGAUCAAUCCCAACUCUACAUUUCUAUUAUUCUGAACCUCCUCCACGGAGAUCCCAGGGACUACAUUUUACAUGCGAAUCUUCUGCUAAAUUCUUGAUGUAACCCUUAAGGAAUUAAAACACUUUCACUGCGUCCUUUACAAAAAAAAGUCAUCUUUGAUUUACCUGUUCUACAUCCUGUGUUCUCUGUACCUCUGUGUUUCCCUGUCCUACCUCACCUAUUUAUUUUUUUCCAAAGAGGAAGCAGGAUCAGGAUUUGUUCACUGCCUCACCCCUCCUCCUAGUUAGCUGUCCUGGAGCCUGAACGUGGUCAAAAGCUCAACUCCUGAGUUCAUUGCUUUGCAAACCCCGCCAGACCGAAGUCUGAGAAAGGUUGCAAAAGGGUGUCCGGGUGUCUGAGAUCGCCAUGAAGACUCUCAUUGCUGCAUAUUUCCAAAACCAGAGUGGGAUCCAUGCCAGCAUCCAGGCUGCUCUCCGCGUGCCGCUGGCUGUGCCAUGGCCUUCAAAACGAGAUUUCUUGGCUGGCCUCCAGCUCCUGUCAGUCCUCCAGUGGAUUUUCAGCUUCUUGAUGCUGGGGAUGGCUUCCCUGAUUCUCCUUAUCUAUCUGGCUUUCACCAGUUUCUGGCCCAUUUCUGCUCUCUACCUGGCUUGGCUUAUCUAUGAUUGGAAUACACCUGAGAAUGGUGGGAGAAGUUCUACUUGGGUCCGGAACUGGUCCAUCUGGAAUUACUUCCGAGAUUAUUUUCCGAUUCAGCUGGUGAAGACUCAUGACCUGCUCCCCAGCCACAACUACAUCAUUGGGAUCCACCCGCAUGGGAUCCUCUGUGUUGGAGCUUUCGGCAACCUUGUCACUCGAGCCACCGGCUUCCAUGAAAAGUUUCCUGGGAUCAAACCCUUCCUGGCCACACUGGCUGGCAACUUCCGAUUGCCUGUCUUCAGGGAAUACCUAAUGAGUGGGGGUCUCUUCCCUGUGACCCGUAAGGCAAUAGAAUACCUCAUAUCCCGGAAUGGGACUGGGAAUGCUGUAGCGAUUGUAGUUGGUGGUGCAGCAGAGGCCCUCUCCUGUCGGCCAGGAGUGACAACGCUGAUCCUGAGUGAGCGCAAGGGGUUUGUUCGGAUGGCGCUCCGACAUGGGGCCCAUCUGGUUCCUGCUUUCUCCUUUGGGGAGAAUGACCUUUUCCAGCAGGUUCUCUUCAAGGAGGGGAGCUGGAUGCGGAGAAUCCAGGACAGAUUCAGAAAGAUCCUGGGCUUCUCCCCCUGCUUUUUUUAUGGAAGGGGAUUUUCCUCUGCCCGUUCCUGGGGACUCCUUCCUUUCCCCAGACCAGUCACCACUGUCAUUGGAGAGCCCCUGGUGGUGCCCAGGAUGGAGAACCCAACCUGUGAGAUGGUGGAUCGCUACCACGCCAUGUACAUCGAUUCUCUCCGCAAGCUCUUUGACGACCACAAAGCCACGUACGGGUUGUCAGAGACGGCCGAGCUUCAGAUCCUAUGACUGAGAUUGGCAACAAGGGGGUGGAGGGAGGAGACAAAGGUGCAGACAGGUUCCUGCCCCUCAACAAGGGCUCCCUCACCUCUUAUACCAGGCCCAUGCUUGCCAUGCAGAAGUUCCAAGUCCCCCAGUAACAUAGCCUUAAAAAAGAUUGACUGUUUUGCCCAUGGACUCCCUGAUUUUCCUAUUUGGCCACAGUAAAGAAACUGUGCUAACAGAGGGCAGGAAAUUAAGGCAACACCUCUUAAUUGCUGCCAGAAAUCAUUAUUUGACAAAAAUGGGGGUGGGGUGGGGAAUUGAACACCAUCCAUGAGAGAAUCAUAUAACCAUAACAUUGUAGAGUUGGAAAGUACCCUGUUGGGUCAUCUAGUCUAACCCUCUGCAAUGCAGGAAUCACAACUAAAUAAUCCCUGACAGGUGGAUAAUGGAUAGCUAAAAUAUGGGACAUAGUAUGCAUGAUUAAACUUACACAAUUGAUGAGA